AUGCCGAUUCCGACUCCUGCGGGAGCUUUGUCGGAUGCGUUCCAUGUCCUCUGCCUGCGCUGCCUUCAGGCCAAAGCUCGUGGCAUCAAGGACCACGAUUGUGUCUGGUUCCCCGCCUCCUCCAAGUGGGAGUACUGCACUGCGCAGCACUCCACCUGCGUUCCGAAACUAGUGGAUAUUGGAUAG